AUGUUUGUUGGCUUUGAAUGCAUUCUCGAUUCUUGUCUGGGCGAGCGAGAUUGUGGACACAUGUUCAUCUCAUGUAACGGUUUUACUACCACACGCGGCCUCACCCCGCGACAUGCAGACUCAGGCGCAAGCAAGACUACGCAUCUCAUCAAAUGCUUCACGUCAAAGCAACCGGCCGUGUGCAACCCAGUCCCCCGACUUCUGCUCGCGCUUGUAUAUGUACACAUUCUCCUUGGACGCCGCAAACACGUACCCCUCGUCCGUCGCCCCCAUCGCUCGAAACUCCACGUCCCCGCGGAUCCCGCGCCCCUUUUCCCGCGACUUGCCCGGGGCGAUGCGGCUCUCCAGGAUGGCGCCGUCCGUGCUCAGCGCGAGCAGGAUGUAGCCGGCCUUGCCGCCGAGCCGGAUCCAGGUAAUCUGUCGAGGCGGCGGCGACUGGGUCGUGGGUAUGUCCAUCUCACCUUGCUCCGUCCUCUGCGUCUGCGAGCACCGCAUCUCGACCGGCGGGGACUGCCAGUGAUCCGUGACGCACUCGUACCCCGACAGCCCCGUGUCGUCUUCCAGCGCCAUGUAGAUGAUGGGCGUGGCCUUGGCGGACGGGUCUGUCCAGUCUCCCGUCACGGCCAGGCUCGUCGAGAUGGUCUGCCCCGUCACGGUGUGCGCCAGGGGCGCCGCGGGAAACGUCUCCCACUUGGCGUCGCCGUCCGGGUCGCUGGCCAGGGCGAGACGGAUCCUCCCCUCGGCCGUCACGUACGCGACGACCAGGAACUUGACGCCCUGCUUGCUCUGAUGCCAGGUGGCGGACAAGGCCGAGCCCAUGGACGCGGCGAUGCGCGCGGCCGCCGGGUCCACGCGGCCCUCGGUCCACUCACCCGGGCUCGCCUCAAAGACGUGCGUCAGGACGUGCUCGGCGUCGAGGAAGACGACGUGCACGAUGCCCUUGUCGCUGGCCGCGGCGGCGAGGGGCGUGCCGUGCUUCGGAGGGGGCAGCGCCGAGGGGCCGAGCUUGUCGACCAGGCGGUACUGCGACUUGCCGCCGGCGUCCCACUCGGUGACGACGAGCUCGCCCUGGUCGUCUUGCCAGAGGACGACCCGGCGCUGGAGCUUGGCGUCCUUGACGUCGACAAAGACGGCGGCCACGUUGGACUGGCUGGAGAGGGUGUACGGCGCCUCGGUCGGCUUGUGCUGGUCGACGUGCUAGUCGACGUGCUGGUUGUCGUGCUGGUGGGUGAGGAUGAUGUCGACGGUGACGAUGAAGUGUGCGUUGCGAGCAACGAGGAGAUGAGCGCAUUUACAUCUUGGCUCGACGAUGUGUGUGUUGAUGAAGACGCCUCCGAGCUCGUAGAUGUCAACGUUAAAGUUGACUGCACCGUGGACGAAGACGCCAGAGACAAAGACGGAGAUGCAGUGCUCGGCGUCGUCGUCGCCGCAGCAUGCUGCCCUCCCGCGCCGUCGCUCCCGCCGGGAUUCCUGCUCAGCACGACCCCCAGCACCACCGCCGCGGCCACCACCACAAACGCCGCCGCGCCGACGGCCGUCCAGAAGCAGCGCCUGCGCUGGUACCACCGCGGGCCCCGCUGCUCCGAAAAAUAG